ACUCACAGGCUUGCCCCUCCAAUGUGGCCAGGAAGCAUCGACAUUUGAUCUCUUCAGUUAAAUGGAGUGUCUGAGAGGAGAAAUCGGACUUUGCUAGACAUGGUCCGGAGCAUGAUUAGUCUGACAACAUUGCCAGAAUCAUUUUGGGGAUAUGCAUUGAAAACAGCAGCACACACACUCAACAGAGUUCCAUCUAAAGCUGUCGAGAGCACACCAUACGAACUAUGGCGUGGGAGAAAACCGAGUUUCUCGUACUUUAAGAUUUGGGGCUGUGAAGCUUAUGUAAAACGUCUCAUGACGUCUAGUAAGUUGGAGCCUAAAUCUGAUAAAGUAAUUUUUGUGGGAUACCCCAAGGAAACUAGAGGGUAUGAGUUCUAUCGUCCAUCCGAUAACAAAAUCUUUGUUGCUCAGAAUGGAACCUUCCUUGAGAAGGAGUUUCUUUCUGCUAUCACUAGUGGGAGAAAGGUAGACCUCGAAGAAAUUCGAGAACCACAAGAAGAAGUCCCGAUAGUGUUGGAACCUGAGCAAAGAGAUCAAGCAAUUGAACCUCAAAUUGCUCAAGAUAUACCACGUAGUAUUAAUGACCCUAUCUCGUUGUUUUGCGACAACACUGGGGCCAUUGCACAGGCAAAGGAACCGCGAUCUCACCAGAAAACCAAACACAUUGUACGACGCUAUCACAUCAUACGAGAAAUCGUAGAUAGAGGAGAUGUGAUGAUUUGCAAAGUAGAUACUGACGAAAAGAUAGCCGAUCCCUUGACCAAGCCUUUAGGAAAGCUAAAGCAUGAGGGUCACACUAGGUCCAUGGGCAUUCGACCGAUGCCAGAUUGGCCAUAGUGCAAGUGGGAGAUUGUUGGAGUUGUGCCCUGAUGGCCAACUAUUUAUCAUUAUUCUAUCAUCUAUAGGCAGAUAUAAUAUGUUUACACAUCUCAUGUUAAUGUAAACAAAUAUUAUAUUCCUAAAUUUAUAUGUAAAGAUGUUUAUCAGAUAGUGUUUUUCUGCUGAUGAGACUAACAUCUUGAAAUAAAUAUUUAUCUAAAUG